AGUUAGUUAGGUAGUUAGUUUGGUACUAGGUGAAAUGGAACCAGCUGCAGCUAUGGGCAUUAUUCCCCAUAUGAAGCCGGCUUUGUACAGAGCGGCAGCGACAGGUACAGUUGAAGAUUAUCAUGCGGCCCUCCGUCAGAUGAGGGCUGAAGGGUCCGAGGACUGUCAAGUUGCGCCAAAUGGAAAUACUGUGUUGCACGUUGCCGUGCUCCAUGGCAACAAGCAUUUUGUGGAGAAAAUCCUACAAGACCAAAGGGCUCAUGCUUCUGCCUCGUCUAUGUUAUAUUCUCUGAACAACAAAAAAGAAACUGUGCUACACUGUGCAGCCGAGAAAGGCGACGCUGACAUAGUCUCUGUCCUCAUUAACGCCAUCAAAGUGUACGAUGAGGAGCUUGAAUCCGGUGUCACAGUGAAAGAGAUGAUACGGAUGACGGAUGAUGUCAUGGACAUGGCUUUGCACAAGGCCGCGCGAAUGGGGCAUUUGGGCGUGGUCAAGUUACUGAUUCAAGAGGACAAUGAGUUUGGGUAUCCUACCAAUGAUGCUGGUGAGACGCCCAUUUACUUGGUUGCAGAGUCACAUUUUCUUUAUUGUUUGAAGGAGAUAAUUGAGAAAUGUCAAAAUCUUACUUAUGUUGGACCACUCGGUCGAAAUGCUCUUCAUGCGGCAAUAUUAUCACCAUCAGGUAGCGCAUGGGAAAUCAUGAUGCAGAUUUUACUAACUCUUGACGCCCAUCUGGUUUUACCAGGUAGCGCCGCACUAUCAUUGUGGGAAAAGCUCAUGCAAAUUUUUAGACUUCACAUGGGCAAAGCAGGAUGCAUACAACUACUACUGGAAAAGGAGAUUUCUUUGUGUGAGAAGAGUGACAGUUUGGGUUGGACGCCACUACACUAUGCUGUAAAGUUUGGUGAUGAUGAAAUUGUCCGAAAGAUCCUUGAGAAAAAAAGUUCAGCAGGGUACAUUCGUGCAGGCAUAGAUGAUGAUGAUUGGACGACAAUAUUUCACAUAGCAACAAGGCAUGGCAACAUUAAAACGAUGAAAUGCAUAUCAAAUAGCUUACCAGAUUGUUGGAUGAUGAUUAACUGCAAAUCCCAAAAUGUCCUGCACGAAGCAAUACUGAGCCGCAGAAGAAACAUGAUAAAAUAUAUACUGAAGUAUCCCCAAAUCGACAACCUUAUUGAUCAGAAAGACAACGAUGGCAAUACACCGCUGCACCUGCUUGUGGUUUUUGGUUGGAGAAGCUUAUCUUUUAACUAUAUGCUCACCCGUCUUAAACGGAAGCAUUUGGUCUUCAAUAAACGGCAUCAAACUCCACUUGACGUGGCCUCCCAAGGCGAAGUCUAUUCCUUUGUUAAGCAUGUAUAUGGCGGAAUACCUCAGCGUAGUGGUAGGAGAAGUGGACCUCGUGCUGACCUCUUACAAAAUCAAGAAACAAGCAGUGAAGAUACUGAUGAUAACGAUAUAGACAAGACAAUUAAUCGUUAUCUACGAAUAAGUAAAACAAUGACCAUUGUGGCUACAUUGAUAUUAACUAUAAGCUUUGCAGCUGGUUUUACAGUCCCGGGUGGAUACGACUCAGAUAAAGGGUACCCAAUACUGUUACGAAAAACAGCUUUUGGGUAUUUUGUUAUAGCAGAUACUGCUGCUUUCACAAGUUCUGUUUCGGCGAUAUUCAUUUACAUGAUCAUGGUGGUAUUAAACUCGUUGGGAGCUAUUAGGGAGACCAAAAUUGCCAUGACCCUUUGCGCAUUGAACAUCGCCCUCACAUUUUGUGCCUUAACAGCAGUCAUAGCUGCAUUCCUCAGUGGAAUGUACACCAUUUUAGCACCUUUCAAUUCUCUAGCCGUUGGGACCACAUUCUUAAGCUCCUAUCUUUUCCUUAGUGUUGUUUUUAUGUAUUUCAAAAUUAAAAAUUAUCCCUUCCCCAUUUAUUCUUUUUUAUAUCUAAUAUAUUUCCUCGUGUCGUCUAUCCCCACUUAUUGAAUUAUACUUUACAUCACCACUGGUUAAAAAUAUAAUUUUGUUAUCAAUUAGAUGUUGUCAUGU